CACACCUUGUCUACUGCACAUACGCCAUAUAUUAAGUCAUGGAAGACGGAACGAGUUACCUCGGUGUCACACCUCCAAUAUCCACCACCGACUCCAAUGCCAGAGAAAAGGAGGUCACUCUCACCCUCAUGGAAGAACUGCGGAGACAGAACACGUUUGAGGGUGAGGCAGAGGCACGAACAAGGGAAAUAGUACUCGGUCGUGUAGCCGCUCUCGUAAAGAGCUUCGUACGCCGUGUCUCAAUAUCCCGAGGCCUCUCUGAGGCUGCUGCCAAUGCGGCCGGAGGCAAGAUCUUCACUUUUGGAUCGUAUCGUUUGGGUGUGCAUGGACCCGGCUCCGAUAUUGAUACUCUAUGUGUUGUUCCGAAACACGUGUCCCGAGAGGACUUUUUUGAAGUAUUUGAAGUGAUGUUGAGAGAGACCGAGGGCGUGACUGAGGUAUCUGGUGUCCCAGAGGCAUAUGUACCCAUCGUCAAGUCGAAGAUCGAGGGCAUACCGAUUGAUUUUCUCAUGGCCCGUUUAGCAUUGUCAUCAAUACCUGAAGAUUUGAAUCUUCAGGACAAUAAUCUACUCCGAAAUUUGGAUGAUAGGUGCAUCCGGAGUUUGGGAGGGUCUCGUGUCACUGAUGAGAUUCUCCGUCUCGUCCCAAAUGUUCAAGUUUUCCGAGACUCCUUGCGAUGUAUCAGGCUUUGGGCUCAACGGAGAGCAAUAUUGUCCAAUGUUAAUGGAUUUCUGGGUGGAGUCGCAUGGGCGAUGUUAGUUGCUCGAAUAUGUCAGCUUUAUCCAAAAGCUAUUGCUGGCGCUAUCGUCAGCCGAUUCUUCAUCAUAAUGUACCAAUGGUCAUGGCCGCAGCCCGUUUUACUCAAACAAAUAGAGGAAGGCCCGUUGCAAGUUCGGGUAUGGAAUCCGAAGCUAUACCCAGGAGAUCGGUCCCAUCGAAUGCCGAUUAUCACGCCUGCGUAUCCUGCUAUGUGUGCUACUCACAACGUUACUGCUUCAACGCAGAUGAUCAUGACUGAAGAAUUCAAGAAAGGUGCCGACAUUGUCGACAAGGUCAUUGUGGGAACUGCGAACUGGUCUGAACUCUUCGCCAAACACGACUUCUUCCACAAGUACCGCUACUAUCUCCAAAUCAUCGCCUCGACAGGGGACCCAAAUCUCCAGAUCAAAUGGUCUGGCACGGUUGAGUCUCGGUUACGUCAGCUGGUCAUGAAGCUUGAAUUCGUUGAGACUUUGCUCCUAGCACAUCCCUUCGUCAAAGGGUUUGAACAUGUGUCGUACUGUCUAUCGCAACAAGAAGUACGACUUGUUGCUCAGGGUGAAGUAGGGGAUACCUUUUCCAAGCGUAAGAAAGAUGAUCUCGAGGGCAAGGAUGUAAGCCCUGUAUACACGACCACCUUCUAUAUCGGCCUGGCUAUUGAAGCCAGACAACCUGGUUCCGUUGGCCCACGCAAGCUCGACAUAUCAUGGCCCACUACUGAAUUCACGAAGAUGGUGAAAGCCUGGGACAAAUACGAUGAAAGCACGAUGGGGAUCGUUGUUCGACAUAUUAAGAGCUCUGCUCUCCCCGAUUAUGUCUUCGAUGCCGGUGAACGGCAACCGAAACCGGCCGUCAAGAAACGGACCAAACCUACCAAGGCUGCCGAUCAAACCAACAACAUAUCACUUGACCUGCCUGCCAGCAAGAAACCACGGUCAUCGUAUAACGCGUCUUUAUCAGAUCAACCGCUGACAAACACGAUAUCGAACGCAAUCAGCACCCCGAACUCUAGUUUCACUCCAUUGAUAGCUCUGACUCCUGUGGCUCCCACUCCAAUGAAUGCGUACACUACGACCAACAUCAAGAGUGUAGCAGAUGUCAAAUCACCUCACCUUCCGUUCGGAGAAAAUGUCGCCGUGGCUACUGGUGGACGAUAAUCAAGACCAUCUCUGUCCUGCCAGCUCCUUCAACCGCUUCUUCCGCUAGGCUGCCCGUCUUCCGCAAUUCCUCUGACCAUAAUUGAUCGACUAUAUGGCCGCUCACCUUUUAUGUCGCGUCUAUCUUUGAUUAUUCAUGAACGCUUCAUUUCACAGGGACCGUCGUUUUCGGAGCAAGCGAAGGUUCUGGUCCUUUAUCAACUCUAUAACGGCGCGUACGGAUGUUGUGGAUGGUAGUUUUUUCGUGUUCUUCCUUCUAUGCUAAAGCAACAAUAACGUAGAUUUCUUCUACCUUUUUUCUGUAUUGUUUGUCUGCGAGACAUCCACCCUGUAUUGUUAUUUAUGCAGAGUCCUGAAAAUAUGUUCUGAUACUC